AACCAAUCAUUUUUUCUGAAUCAAUCUAAUGGAGGCUGAUGCAAGGAUCAAAUCCCACACUCUCACCAUGAUGGUAGUCGCUAUGUGAGAUGCACUAGGUCGGAUGGGAUAAAGUCUAUGUCUACUGUCACACCCCGAAUAGCAGGUCACCUUGUUAUCUGUUUAGCAUCUGCCACACCUAGCAUCCGCACUCACUUGCGUCGCUGAUACUUGGCUGUUGACAGUUGCGUUCUGACAACUAGUACAUCCCCGGUCAGCGAACUGGCCCGCUCAAAAAUGCUUCAAAAAAACAUGCGCAGUAUAUUGUUUGCUCUACGUGCAUGUUACAUCCUACAUGGCAUGCUGGUCAUGAUUCACAUCGUGCUUGUUAUCUUUUCUAUACAUCACUGGGAACACCACGUAACUUUCUCUUUUACAUCAACAAACAAUGAUUUCUGGCCUGUGGUGCUUAGUGCAUCAUUGCAAGCGUUUUAUACCAUAUACACAGCUGUCCUGCUCUUCCUUACUCAACGGCUGGUGAUUUCGAGAACACUUGUACGUCGUGUGAAAUUGACUGCCGUUCACGACAUCUCUGGCGCAUGGGCGGGCCUUGGCUCUGCACUCAGCAGUGUUUGGCGACAAACUGACAUCCCCGCCUCGUGGUGGACGACUUCUGCUGUGGCAGUCUACCUUGCGAGCAUAACCGUGCUGCAUAUCACCUCUUCCACUCUCCUACAAUUUCAAACAUUUGAGUUAAAUUUUUAUGAUGAUGCUUUUAUGUCCACAGCACUAGGAUGGCCAGACGAUUCAUCGUACGGCAAUUUCUCACACUUGGGACCCAUUGCUUCAUCAUUACCAGUUGUCAAUGAUUUGACUGGACUGGCGUCUACAGGAUUAUCAAACACCACACUUUAUGACACCUUCACUGUGACAAUAAAUGGUACAGAAGGAAAUGCGACUGUGAACGCAACGACAGUAACCUCGAGUUGCGGAUUGAUUCCAAAUGUGACAUACUCUGCGAAUACCAGCACGGCGAUCUUUCCGUUUGGGUUAGAUUCUUUUGUGCUCAAUGCGAGCAUUCUGAGUCUUUGGCCAGAUCAGAUACAUAUAAUUCCGUGGACGGAAUAUGAAGAUUCCGAUGGUGAUUUGGACGGUUCGGAGCUUGAUGGUAUCUAUCUUAUGGUCUCCACAUUAUUGGGAAUCGACCCUUCAGUACAAGACGAGGUUGCUGUAAACAUGACUUGGGUUAUCUCCGACAUUGCCACUCCAUUUGUCGUCCAGGUCUAUUUCGUGCAUUGCUCGCUGUCAGCAAACACUAUACCCGGGACGAUUGACAUGCAAAAUAACACUCUACUAAGUCCUACAUUCAUAUCACAGCCAUCCACGCAAUGGGAGAUAAAUCAAUUUGCGUCGUCGAAUACUACUUGGCAAACACAAAUCAGCAAGGCUUUGGCUACCUCGAACUACAGCAGCGGGAUGAUAUUUGGAGGAACCAGUUCACAAAUCAUCGAACCCUCUAUUGUGGAUGAGUAUAUCAUGUCACUUGUAGGCUUGAAUCUCACCGAGGAAUAUAUACAAUUCCUAGACGACGGUGCUCUUCCGAUUUCGAAUUUCACUUUGAGACCGGGUGAACUAGAAUUCGCGAUUGCAAAAGCAGUUGCACAACUCAUCUGGCUAGCGGAACAAUUGGGUACAGCCAAUGGAGGAAUUGACCCUGGCAAUGGGUUGGUCAAUCUCAACCUAGUAGACCUAGUUCCCCGAAUUGCCCUACGCCUCAAUAUCAACAUUCUUCCUUUGGCUUUCGCGGCGUCUGCAUCGGUGAUCAUGUUGGGACUCGCGCUACAUAUGACCCGAGCGUUCGAUGGAUCGCACUACACUCAGGCUGCUAUCCCAGACACAGGUGUACUGCAACUCUUGUGGUUGGGUCAUCGUUCAGCGUCUAUCAACGAAGUUCUGGAAUAUGUGCAGCAUCCGACAGAGGCCAAUCUGCGGCGAGCAGGCAUGAUAGAUGUUUGCCUUGCGAGAACAUUAUUUGAUGAGGAAGAGUUUGGGAGUUCAACUGCUAGUGACAGUCUCUCUUCUGAUGUCGACCGCCGUCAUGAUGAUGAGAUGUGAUUUGGGUUUGAGAAUAAAUGGGUGGUGGAC